GUGGCGGCGGCUCGUGGUGCGGCUCGGCGCGCGGCCAGUUUUCGAGUUCGGAACGAAAAGCUCGGCGUCGCGGUCCCCGCCCGGAAAGUUUGGUGCGGAGCCGCGAACUCCUGGCCGGCGCGGCCCGGCAUGAAGCGGCGCUAAGGAGCCGCCGCCGCCGCCGCCGCCUGAGGAGGAGCCGCAGCACCCCGGGCCACGCCGAUGACUACUGCAAACUGUGGCGCCCACGACGAGCUCGACUUUAAACUCGUCUUUGGCGAGGACGGGGCGCCGGCGCCGCCGCCCCCGGGCUCGCGGCCUGCAGAUCUUGAGCCAGAUGAUUGUGCAUCCAUUUACAUCUUUAAUGUAGAUCCACCUCCAUCUACUUUAAACUCACCACUUUGCUUACCACAUCAUGGAUUACCGUCUCACUCUUCUGUUUUGUCACCAUCGUUUCAGCUCCAAGGUCACAAAAACUAUGAAGGAACUUGUGAAAUUCCUGAAUCUAAAUACAGCCCAUUAAGUGGUCCCAAACCCUUUGAGUGCCCGAGUAUUCAAAUUACAUCCAUCUCUCCUAACUGUCAUCAAGAAAUUGAUGCUCAUGAAGAUGACCUACACAUAAAUGACCCAGAAAGGGAAUAUUUGGAAAGGCCUUCUAGAGAUCAUCUCUAUCUUCCUCUUGAGCCAUCCUACUGGGAAUCUUCCCUUAGUCCUAGUCCUGCCAGUAGCAUCUCUUCUAGGAGCUGGUUCUCAGAUGCGUCUUCUUGUGAAUCUCUUUCACAUAUUUAUGAUGAUGUGGAUUCGGAGUUGAAUGAAGCUGCUGCCCGAUUUACUCUCGGAUCCCCUCUGACUUCUCCUGGUGGCUCUCCAGGAGGCUGCGCUGGAGAAGAGUCCUGGCAUCAACAGUAUGGACUUGGACAUUCCUUGUCACCUAGGCAAUCUCCUUGCCACUCUCCUAGAUCUAGUAUCACUGAUGAGAAUUGGCUGAGCCCCAGGCCAGCCUCAGGACCCUCAUCAAGGCCUACUUCCCCUUGUGGGAAACGGCGGCACUCUAGUGCUGAGGUUUGUUACCCUGGGUCCCUUUCACCGCAUCAUUCGCCUGUUCCUUCUCCUGGUCACUCCCCCAGGGGAAGUGUAACAGAAGAUACCUGGCUCAAUGCUUCUGUCCAGGGUGGAUCAGGCCUUGGCUCUGCGAUUUUUCCAUUUCAGUACUGUGCAGAAACUGAUAUUCCUCUGAAAACAAGGAAGACUUCUGAAGAUCAAGCUCUCAUACUACCAGGAAAAUUAGAACUCUGUUCAGAUGACCAAGGGAAUCUUUCACCGUCGCGGGAAACUUCAAUAGAUGAUGGCCUUGGAUCUCAGUAUCCUUUAAAGAAAGAUUCAUCUGGUGACCAAUUUCUUUCAGUUCCUUCACCCUUUACCUGGAGCAAACCAAAGCCUGGUCACACCCCUAUAUUUCGCACAUCUUCAUUACCUCCACUAGACUGGCCUUUACCAACUCAUUUUGGACAAUGUGAACUGAAAAUAGAAGUACAACCUAAAACUCAUCACCGAGCCCAUUAUGAAACUGAAGGUAGCCGAGGAGCAGUGAAAGCAUCUACUGGGGGACAUCCUGUGGUGAAGCUCCUGGGCUACAGUGAAAAGCCAGUAAAUCUACAGAUGUUUAUUGGAACAGCAGACGACCGAUAUUUACGGCCUCAUGCAUUUUACCAGGUGCAUCGAAUCACUGGGAAGACAGUUGCUACUGCAAGCCAAGAGAUAAUAAUUGCCAGCACAAAGGUUCUGGAAAUUCCACUUCUUCCUGAAAACAAUAUGUCAGCCAGUAUUGACUGUGCCGGUAUUUUGAAACUCCGAAAUUCAGAUAUAGAACUUCGAAAAGGAGAAACUGAUAUUGGCAGAAAGAAUACUAGAGUUCGACUUGUAUUUCGUGUACACAUCCCACAGCCCAAUGGAAAAGUCCUUUCUCUGCAAACAGCUUCUAUACCUGUUGAAUGCUCUCAGAGGUCUGCCCAAGAACUUCCUCAUAUUGAGAAGUACAGUAUCAACAGUUGUUCUGUAAAUGGAGGUCAUGAAAUGAUUGUUACGGGAUCUAAUUUUCUUCCAGAAUCCAAAAUCAUCUUUCUUGAAAAAGGACAAGAUGGACGACCUCAGUGGGAAGUAGAAGGGAAAAUAAUCAAGGAAAAAUGUCAAGGGGCUCACAUUGUCCUUGAAGUCCCUCCAUAUCAUAACCCAGCAGUUACAGCUGCAGUGCAGGUGCACUUUUAUCUUUGCAAUGGCAAGAGGAAAAAAAGCCAGUCUCAACGUUUUACUUACACACCAGUUUUGAUGAAGCAAGAACACAGAGAAGAGAUUGACUUGUCUUCAGUUCCAUCGUUGCCUCAUCCUGCCCAGACUCAGAGGACUUCUUCAGAUACAGGACACCUGCAUGACAGCGUACUGUCUGCACAGAGAAGCUUGGUUUGUCCCAUCCAGCAAACAUAUGCAUCCAUGACCAGUUUAUGUCUGACUUGGAACACCAGCCAUCAGGUUCAGCAGAGAAAUGGCCUAACCACAGUGAGCUCUCAUGUCCACCUCCUUUCUGGAGAAUCUAGAGGUGAACGAGGUAAUUGGGAGAGACAUGUCCCAGAUUUCCGUUUCCCAAGGGACAGGGGCGAGCAGGCAGACUCCCCUCCCGGGUCCCAGUUCCCUGGAUUUAGGAAGAUCCGACGGGCUCUGACAUUGCUCACUACAGCCUUGUGUCCACCAUCAUGUACUUCUCAGCAUGUUUCUCUCCUUGGACCUUGGGUUUCCAACUCUGCAACCUUCAGGAUGGAGCCAGGAGUUGGGAUCACCGAAUGUGGGGAAAGCAGCAUUCCUCCAACUCAGGCCUUGGGAAGAUUUUGUAAGAGAACAGGAGCAGUACAGGCUGUUUGAUCUUUGGAGAAAUGAGCUUUGCUUUUUAUAUUUAAAUAGGAUACUUUUAUAUGAUGGGUGCUUUGAGUGUGAAUGCAGCAGUCUGUCCAUUUCAGAGGUGCUGCUUCUGCAGGUGACCUGAUUGCUUAGCUAGGAUUGGUGAUUUGUACUGCUUUAGGUCAAUUGAAGGACUCUUUAGCUUUGAUGAUAUUUUUAAAGUAGAAAACUUUUGAUAAAACUUUCCAGAGGUAAAAGAAAAAAAAAAAAAAUUACCCCAAGCCCACACCUAUGCCUCAGAAACUCAGCAUGUGUCCUGGAAGCCUUUCAUAGAUUCAUAGGAAGUAAAGCCAAAUGUAGCUCAUACUUCUUUAUAAAAGUAAACUCUUAGGUAAAAUGAGAAGAGACCAUUCCAAUCACUGAAGUGUUGGAAUACAAAAUGACAUUCCAGAGCAUAGCAUUUUUGCAACUUUUUAGGUAAUCUUCCUGCUGUCUCUCCAUACCAUCUCCAUGUUGAAAUUGCUUUUUUUCCCCUCAGGGCCUUGGGUAAAUUAACUACAUGUAAGGGAGCUUUGAAUGAUGGGUUUUUAGCUUGCUAUCUUUAAUUCCUGCCAUCCUACUAACAGGUAGGCUGUGGAGUAUUUUUCCUUUUUGUGUCCUCUGGUCCCAGACCUUUUCCACAUGGAAGCAUUAGCAUUUGGCUGCCACAGUCUCUUGAUGGUUUGUUUAGGCAACUUUAUUGCUUCUAGCUCAUCUCUAGAGGCCAGGCUGUGUCAGAAGCCAAGCACAAAUGAGCUAUGCUUCAACACCAGGGCAGAGGACCUGCAGGAUUCCAGAUGGGAAGCUCUUAAGAUCUGCACUGGCAUGGGAGGCUUUUCCCUCAUUGUUUACAGCCUAAAAUGAUCCUGGCCUAUCCUGCCCCAUCCACAUGGCCUACAAAGCAACCUUUCCCUAAAAGGCUUUGAGGCAGAUCCAAAAAUGAGAUACCACUGUAAACCUGACCCUCCACACCAAAGAUGCCCUGGUGCUGCUGCUGGUAAGGGCCAGCAAGAAACUCCAGCCUGCUGUCUACCAAAGGAGGUGCCCAACCUGGGUUCUCUUCAAACCCUGCCCUUACCCAUCCCCUUAGUGGGGUUAGUUUCCUGUUCCAAGGCUUGGGCCUAUUUCAAGGCCCGUGAAGCUUGCAGUACGUUUUCAAAUGAAAUGUUGUACUUCUAUUCAGGAAGCAAAUUUUCUGAGUGCCUGCAUAGGAGAGACAGUGUGGUGGGCUGGUCACAGGCUCCAUUGCUGUUACUCCAGGGGAUUGUAGGUCCCAGAUGCCAGGACUCUGUAGUGAGGCCAAGUGAGGCCUGGGUGGAGGGAGCCAGCUCAAUGUCCACCAUCUCUUAGCCAGAUGGGAACUGUUGACCUACAAUGAGGAAGUAUGGUCUUUUUUUUUUUCCCUUUAAGCCACAAUGUUUUCAGUUUCUCCCUAAAGUUAGUUAGAAAAGAAUGUCUAUCUUUCAGCAAAUCACUCUAGUCCUUCUUGGAGCCCAGUGUUUUCACAUUUUCUUUGAAAGUGAGUUUUGUGUCACGGAGUGUAGAUAGUAAGAUUUGCUUCGGGGCCUGUGGUUGGAAGCCCAGAGCUUCCUCUGGAGGGUUUUGGGGGCUGACCCUCUUGAGAUGGCCAGACUUUCCUCCGCCCUCAUGCCCCUGGUGUAGCCACCUCACGUGGGGUCCUUACAAGAGCUUCCCUUGGAAGACCCUUUGGGGGUUGCUCUGUUGCCCUCAAGAAUAAAAGCCUCUAUGAUCCAGAGUUGCUAUGCACCAGAAUUUGAUGCCUUUUAAAUACCUUGAUGCCUGUAGCACUAGAAAUGCUUUCCUAUGUAAAAUAAAAGUUAAAUUUUAAAAUAGAGCUUUGUAUACUACAUAAGCAGUUUUGUAUCAGCUUUGUAAAAGCUUUGGUGUAAAAGACAGUAUUUUUUGGCUUUGUAGACAGAGACCUUACUUUUUGUGCAACCUAGGGGUGAUCCACUGGCCUAUGCAAAUUGAAUUCCAGUAACAGCACUGAGCAGCUGGGCAUGCGCUAGCGCCCACCCCUUUCCUCUCCAGCCCUGCUAGGCCUUGGGUUGAGGAAGGGGAUGAGCAGCCUUCUGCUUACUGGAGAUGCACUAAGAAGCUUGGCUGAAAACAGCUUUUAGAGGAACAGAUGUCUUCGAGUUCGAAUGUGGUGCUGCUGCCCAGGGUGCAUCCCACCCCUCCCCAGGGCUAGCCCCUAUCAACAGAGCUCUGCUGAGUCCGGCUGUAAAGCCCUGUUGUUGAUACUCAGAACAGAUGGUCGGUCAUCUGUAUGGCUCAGGUGGGUUCAAGUUAAACCUUGUAUUUUAUAAAAUGGAUGAUGUUCAGUUAAGGAACUGGUUCUCAGUUAUGUUUACAGCGCUUGAGAUUGUGUUUUCUUGUACAUUUUGUAUUUUAAAACCUUUUAUAGGAGUACAGUGCUCCUUACACAAAUACAAAGGGAAGAAGCCAGCAAUUCAGGCUCCUCAGUUACAGUGCUGAAAUAAUAAAACGGUGACAGGUCAACGGUC